AUGAACCCGGCCGGCGGCUCCAACCAAAACCAACAUACCAACCACAGAAUUCAGGCCGAUCUUCCGCGAACAACAACCCCUUCCGAGACAACAAGCUUCCACAUCGGUCACAACAGAAACCACUGGUUUUCCAGACUUCUGUACAGUACGAGAAACUCAAAGCAUAGCGCCCUCCCCGCACCGGUUCGUCCGCGCCGCCGUCGCACUGGUGUCCGCCACGUGGAGAAGCCCGUUGCUCAGCUUGACGAUGGUGGCAUCGUACCAGGAGUGUAUGUGUUGGGCGAGCAGCAGCCUAGCAGGUCUCCCAAGGACCCUCCUUUUCCGAAUUCUUUCUUCGACUUCAUUCGCGUGACGUUAAAACAACAGUAA